AUGGGUGUGAGUGCAGCUUCUGUACUGAACCAACUCCUCCACAACCACAAGCGAAACCUGAAGCCAUACUCACCGGCCACCACGACCACCGAGGCUGUGAUUCAAAAAAUCCUCACUUACCUCGAAGCUGGUCGGGUCAGAAGAGCAGUGUCGAUUCUCUUCGCCUUCCCAGAACCCUUCCCUUUCUCUUUCUACGCCCACCUUUUCCGUCUCUGUUCCUUCCACCGCGCCAUCGUGGAGGCUCGCAAGGUCGAGUCCCACUUGCUCACCUUCUCCCCCAACCCGCCCACCUUCCUCCUCAAUCGCGCCAUUGAGGCCUACGGCAAAUGUUCUUCUCUUCGCGAUGCCAGGGAACUGUUCGACGAAAUGCCCCAACGAGAUGGGGGCUCUUGGAACGCCUUGAUCACUGCUUAUUCUCAAAUGGGUUACCCAGAUGAGGCUCUUUCGCUGUUCCUGUGUAUGAAUAGGUCCGGUUUUUGCGCCAAUGAAGUCACCUUUGCUAGCGUUCUUGCCUCUUGUGCUUCUGCUUCUCAGCUUCUUCUCUCCAGGCAGGUUCAUGGGCUUGUGACAAAGUUUGGUUUUUGUGGAAAUGUGAUCCUCGAGAGUUCCCUUGUUGAUGUUUAUGCGAAAUGUGGGGUUAUGGAUGAUGCCCGGAAGAUGUUUCAUGAGAUUCCACGUCCAAAUGCUGUCACUUGGAAUGUAAUUGUGAGGAGGUAUCUUGAUGUUGGUGAUGCAAAGGAAUCAGUUUUCAUGUUCUCGCGGAUGUUUUUGGCUAAGGUUAGGCCUUUGAAUUAUACAUUCUCGAAUGCUCUUGUUGCUUGUUCAAGUAUGUCUGCACUCGAGGAGGGGAUGCAAAUUCAUGGGGCUGUUGUGAAGCUGGGUCUCCAAGAGGAUAAUGUUGUUACGAGUUCGCUUAUCAACAUGUAUGUCAAGUGUGGUAAACUGGAGGAUGGUUCUCUGGUUUUUAAUCAGCUUGCUUCGAACGAUUUGGUGUCUUGGACUUCCAUUGUGUCAGGGUAUGCUAUGAGUGGAAAAACUUGGGAGGCAAGAAAACUUUUUGAUGAGAUGCCUGAACGUAAUGUGAUCUCAUGGAAUGCAAUGUUGGCGGGGUAUACCCGAUUCUUCCAAUGGUCGGAGGCAUUAGAUUUUGUAUAUCUGAUGCUUGAUACAAUUAAAGACGUAGACCAUGUCACUCUUUGUUUGAUGCUAAAUGUGUCGGCAGGCCUUUCAGACCAUGAAAUGGGGAAACGGGUUCAUGGCUAUAUCUAUCGACAUGGUUUCCACUUGAACCUUAUGGUUAGCAAUGCCCUUCUUGACAUGUAUGGUAAAUGCGGGAACUUGAACAGCGCCAGAGUUUGGUUUAACCAGAUGAGUAAUUGGCGUGACAGGGUUUCUUGGAAUGCUUUAUUGGCUAGCUAUGGUCAUCAUCAUUUAAGUGAACAAGCACUAACAAUGUUUUCAGAGAUGCAAUGGGAGACAAAACCAACCAAGUAUACAUUUGGAACCCUUCUGGCAGCAUGUGCAAAUACCUUUGCUCUUCACCUUGGCAAACAAAUUCAUGCAUUCAUCAUUAGACAUGGAUUUCAGAUAGAUACUAUAAUCAGAACUGCUUUGGUUUAUAUGUACUCUAAAUGCCGUUGUCUUGAGUAUGCUAUUGAGGUUCUGAAGGGGUCAGUUACUAGGGAUGUGAUUAUUUGGAAUACCAUAAUUUUGGGAUGUUGUCACAAUCAUAGAGGUAAAGAGGGACUUGAACUUUUUGGGAUAAUGCUAGCAGAAGGCAUCAAACCAGACCAUGUGACCUUUCAGGGCAUUCUGCUUGCUUGUGUUGAAGAAGGCCUUGUUGAGUUUGGCGCGGAAUGCUUUAAGUCAAUGAGCAAUGAAUACUGUGUCCUGCCUCGGCUGGAGCAUUAUGACUGCAUGAUUGAACUCUACAGUCGGCAUGGAUACAUGGAUAAGCUCGAGAAUUUUAUGAAGACAAUGACAAUAGAGCCCACUAUUCCAAUGUUGACAAGAGCUCUUGAUGCUUGUCAUAAAAAUGACUGCCCAAGAUUGGGAGAAUGUAUUAGAGAAAAACUUAAUGAAUUUAAACAUUAAUUAAUUUCAGCUUGCAGCAUGCCUGCAUUAUAACAGGGAGCUGAUCUUUGUUUCGGCAUAAGAGCAAGAAGUCAGACUGCAAGUAUAUGCAAUGGAAUAUGACUAUCAAGAUCCUGUCAGUAACGAUGAUAAUCAGAUAAAUCCCUUGAUGUGCUGAUACAGGACGACUAGUAUAUGCAAUUGCAGUGAGCAGGACAUUUUCUGGUUUUGCUGAAAGAAAAGGAUCAUGGUGUCUUAUCCUGCAACCAGAAUAAAGAAAAAAGAUCUUAUCCAAAUGGAAGUAGCGGGUUUUAUAGUGUACAAGGAAAAAUCUAUUUUUCACAUUACAAGCACAUGCAAAGAGAAAGGAUAAACUACAUUUUUAGCAGAAUAUUGCCAAUUGAUAAUGGCUUUAUGGGACAAUUAGCAUGCUUGGAGUUUAAGAUUGAUUUGAGCAAAUCAUACGAUAGUAAAGCAUUUUAAGAUAAUUGUCAUCUUUGGAAAUAGCUUGAUUCUUGUUUGGAGAAUAAAUUGCAGAAGGAAGCAGUUUGUGCAUUUUGGGAUUUGAGUUCUGAUGAAGUUAUGACUGGUUUGGAACUGUAAGUAUAGAACGUAAUGGAAUAAUUUGGUAGAAAAUGCAAAGGAUCAUAUGAGUCUUGGCAGAUGGCAUGGUUAAGUAUGAUGGCUGCCUCAAUCAAUUUUACCCAAGUAGGGCCAUAUUUAACUAUAUGUUGGGAUUCUCAGCAAAAUAUAUAAGCAGAAAGUUUAGAAUUAGUAGUUUGGCUUAUUUUUGUGGUGUUCAUUUGCUGAAUUUGAAGCACAUUCAAUGGUUAGUGCGCCUUUAAAAACAAAUAUUUUACUCAACAGAU